AGAGCAUCGCCAGAAAGCGCGCCUCGACCAACCUUUCUUUCUUACAUCUUGCGCAAUCGGCGCUAAACGCCAUGGCUGACGCGCAGAAGGACGUGCCGAUCAAGUCGGCGCAGGUCGAGUCGCUUGUGGUGAUGAAGAUAGUAAAGCACUGUUCCUCGAGCUUCCCGACAAUCGCCACGGGGUCUCUUGUGGGCAUGGACAAUAACGGCGUCCUCGAGAUCACGAACGCCUUUCCAUUCCCAAACAUCGAUGUCUUGGGGGCCGACGGCCAUCAGUCCGAUGCAACAAGCCUGGCCGCGGCAGCAGCCCGUGCGAAGGCCAACAUUGCUUACCAGAACGAAAUGAUAAGGCAUCUCAAGGAGGUCAACGUUGAUGCCAACAAUGUUGGCUGGUACACGAGUGCGACGAUGGGCAACUUCAUCAACCUCACCUUCAUCGAGAAUCAGUACCAUUAUCAACGUGAAAACGAUAAAACGGUGGCGCUCGUCCACGACGUGAGCAGGAGCUCCCAAGGUACCCUCAGUUUGCGCGCCUUUAAGCUAUCACCAGAGUUCAUGGUGGCUUAUAAGGAGGGGAAGUUCACGACAGAGAGCCUCCAAAAGUCGAAGUUGACAUUUAGGGAUAUCCUUGUCGAGGUUCCGGUCGUUGUGCACAACACGCACCUUCUCACCUCGUUCCUCCACCAAAUUCCCGCGCCACCCGAGUCGGCUGAAAUUCCACUCCCGGCCUCCCUCGACGACAUCCGGCGCGACCCCGUCAAGCUACCCUCGCACCCAUCGUUCGAUACCUUGGAUCUCUCAAUUGAUCCAUUCCUCGAGAAAACCUGCGACCUACUGCUCGACAGCAUCGAAGCUCAUUACUCGGACUUGAACAACCACCAGUACUACCAGCGCCAGCUCGCCCGUGAGCAGUUCAAGAUCACACAAUGGCAAGCAAAGCGGAAGGCAGAUAAUGCUGCGCGCUUGGCGGCCAAGCAGGAGCCCCUGCCCGAAGACGAGUGGCAGAGACUCUUCAAGCUGCCACAGGAGCCCAGUCGGCUUGAGGGCAUGCUCAACGCUAGGCAAGUUGAGCAAUAUAGCAAGCAGGUGGACGGUUUCACUGCGGCCAUCACCACCAAGAUGUUUGCUGUGAGAGGCAACCUGUUGCCUGAGUGACGAGAGUCCUGGGAUGAAUCUGGCGAGGAUACGACGAAUGAGGUGAGAUGGUUGGGGAUAUUCCGAGUGCAUUAGGUCUGGCGUUCCGGGUUGUCGGCUUGUUUGUUAGCUUGCACUGGUAGUUUCCGGGACGGCCAUGAUGCCAACACUAUUUGUUGGGACCGUAUGCGUUGUUUGCUCUGCCAUGAGCCAUAUCGGGUGGUGUAGUGGCGGGUGGUGUAGUUGGCGAUAUUGAACCAUCGUAGAGAUCAUGAAACCUGGGCUGUUGGCUCACUGAA